UCCUUUCCUCUUCCUCGUACGUACACUAAAGCAAAAAAGAAGAAAUUUAAAAAUCUCCAUUAUUUUAAAUCCCUCUUUGCAUUUCUUUUAACGGCAAUGGCUCUCUCUCGUUUCGUUUACUUAAUCACGCUGGCAUUGCUUUUUUGCUCCGUUAUAGCACAAUCUCCGACGCCGUCUCCUGUUUCUUCGCCGAAGAAAUCUCCGUCAUCUACUCCGACACCGAUCUCUUCACCUCCUACAAUAUCUGCUCCGUCUCCGUCGGAGGUUCCGUCAGCGACUACACCGUCUCCAGCAACUGUUGAGUCACCUCCAUCUCCUUCUGCUCUGUCACCGAAUGCCAGUCCCACGUCAAUUUCUGAACCUCCUGCCGGAGCUCCGGGACCAGCGGAGAAUAGUGCCGUUAGGUUUGGUGCUGCUGGAUCUGUUGCGGUUGGAGUGUUGAUGGUCGCUAUGGUACUGUAGGCAUAUCCAGAUCUUCCUUCUCUCGAUGAUAGUAUAAAUAAAAUUUAGCUUAUGUAUUCUCCUUAGUUUUAUUUUGAAAUUUUGUUCUUUAUAUAAUGGUAAAUUUAUACAAUUACCUAUAUUACUGCCUAUGAAUUAUGUAUUAUGCUUGCGAUUUCAAUUACUGUAUUCGUAUAUAAUAUAAUAGUAUUUAUAUUUGUGAA